AUGGCUGCCGUGACGAUGGAUCGCGGUCGGUUGAACCUGGCGUACCGGGAUUUGCGGGAGGUGCCGCCGGCGAUUGCCAGCAAGUUUGGGUCGGAAUGUCAGGAGCUGGACCUGAGUCACAAUCAGGUGCGCUCGGUGUCAUCCCUCACCGGGUUUACAAAGCUGCACACUCUGAUUCUGGACGACAACCUCCUGACCGAGCACAAUUGCCAGUUUCGCUUUCAUCCCGAGCUCUCGACCCUGUACAUUAACAAGAACAAGAUUAACAACCUCGGCGUCUUUGUGGAAGAUGUCAAGCGCGCCUUUCCCAAGCUUCGCGUUCUUAGCAUGAUCAACAAUCCCGCGGCACCGUCGUACUUCAACGGCGGCUCCAAAGCUGAAAACACAGAGUACCGCCUAUACGUCAUUAGCCAGCUUCCAGACCUGGUCAUGUUGGAUGACCUCAAAGUGUCCGAGGCGGAGCGUCAAGCGGCAUCAAAAUUCCGCCGUGCCGCCCACUUGUUUUAG